AUGGACCCCAAUGCCCCCGGCUACCCUGUGCAGCAGCACCCCUAUCCUGUCACGCCCCAGAAUCCACAGGGUCAGCAAUUUCCUUUCUAUCCGAACGCUGGUUCCUCUUUUCCCCAGCAGAAGAAUCCCUCCCAUCAUCCACACCAACAACAGUCGCUCGGUCCCGUGCCUAUACAGCCCGGUCCAGGUGGAGCUAUGAUGCCGCCAGGCUUUCCGCAACAUUCGUCCGCAGGACCCCACGCCAACUUCUCUGCGCCAUUCACCCAGCCACCUGUCCCGACUACGAUGGGCCAAUUUUUACCACAGCAGACAACCUCGGCGUCAAAUCUUCCCACCACUACAGCUCAAUCCUUCUCUCAGAACAUCGCCUCUAUGUCGAUGAACGACAUGGCCUCUACACAGCAACACCGACCCAUGCCCCAGCCAAAUCCAUCCCAAGCGCCCUCCCAAGCGGCCGCUCAGCCCCCGUCGCCCGCCGCGUCUGCGCGGGAGAGAGCUCGCGUCUCUAUUCUUCUCGACAUCAACUCGAUGUUAUUGCAGGAAGUGGUGAACCUGCAAUCUGCAGGGAAGGCGGGAGGUCCACCCGCUCAGCAGGGUUCACAGGACAACCACCACGCGUCGGAUCAGAUCGCCGACGCUACCAAGGGCCCAGUCCAGAAGCCUAGCUCGGAAUACUUCGAGUGUAUGCGACGGCUACAAGCCAACCUGGCUUACCUAGCGACCGUUGCCGACCGGGCCAAGAAAUCUGGCGGAGUGCCUCCGCCUAACCCAGGCAUCAUGACACCGCCUCCGCACAUGCCCGCCAUGAACGAAAUCUAUAACAAGCUCAGUGAGCUUUUCCCCCGGACGGCGCAGGGCACCCCUCACCAAAGUCCUCAGCCCACACACGGCAACGGCAAACCGAGUCCCUCAUCGACUGCUGAGCCCGUUGUCUGA